UCGCGAGACACUACAAUAGACAUAUAUUCUAUCAGAAGAGGAGUUUUAGCAGAUCGACUAUCAAAGAACGCAUAAAUGAGCUUAGUAAACGUACAGGCACAGAUCCUAUCAGUUUAGGCGCAUCAUUUGCGAUAUUGCACGAGAUUACAGCUAUUCUACCAAUAUUCCUUAUCUUUGGCGGUCUACACUACGCUGGCGUUGGUGAACGUAGUUUGGAAUACAUAUGGGAUAAUAACGCCCCGAAUGACACAACUAGGAGCUAUAUAAGAAGUGCAUGCGAGGAAGGUGAACGUCGUUUGGAUAGAAUACGAGAGAAAUACAAUCUAUGGAGAGAUGACGACAGUAAAUGGGAUGGCAGAAGUGUCUACACAGCACAGAUAUCAGAAGCGAUUGCAGCCUACGCUAUAACAAAGUUGUUACUCCCGGCUAGGAUAUUCGCUAGCUUAUACUUCAGUCCUAAAUUUAGUUUACUUGUAUUUGAACCGUUGAAGAGACUCUUCCGUCGUUGAUACUCUCGCUGAUACUCUCAUUGAUUUCGUUGCUAGAUAUUCUCUAUGGGUGACGUCCAUGAUAGAAACAGCAGGUUUCAAUCUGUCAACUCUAGAUACCAUCAGCUACGCGCUGAACGUGAAGUUGAACGUUUACAAGCUAUCAAGGAUGGUCUCAUCCCAGAUCCUAGCCAGGGUGGUAUGAAUUUACAAGACGCAAUUACUCUGAAAGGUACUUGUCAAUCAAUGUGUCCAGAAUUCGAAAGAGAAGAACGUGACUAUCAACUAAACUUGGAUAAAUAUGAGUGUUAUCAGGGUACACGACAGGUUGAUCCUAAUAGAGCUGUUAAAACCUUCCAUAGACCAGCAGCAGGCGAUGAACCAAGUCUUCCAUCGGACGUUAGACCACCAGAAGUAUUGAGAUCAACCCUAGAUUAUCUAUUCCAUAAUAUAUUAGAAGAAGAUAAAGGCUUACACGAUAGUCAUCACUUCGUAAGAGACAGGACGAGAUCUAUCAGACAGGAUUUCACUUUACAACACAUACGUAAUGAAAUCGCGAUAGAAUGUCAUGAAAGGAUCGCAAGAUAUCACAUAUUAUGCUUACACGAAUUAUGUGACGAAUCCGGUUGGUCAGAUCAACAGGAAUUAGAACAACUUAGUAAAGUUCUCCUCAGUUUGACAGAAUUCUAUGAUGAUUAUAGAGCAACGAAUAAUAAAAUUCUCCCAAAUGAGGCUGAAUUUAGAGCUUAUCAUUUAUUAAUACAUCUUAGGGAUGCCAGUACUGCAGCCGCUGCCGAAAGAUUACCAUUAGAUCUUUAUUUGUCACAACCGAUUCAAUUGGCUUUGAAAUUUCACGCACUCGCGCGCCGAUCAAAUGAAGCGCACUUGAGAGGUCGACCACACAAUACUGAAUCAAGUCCGAAUGCUUAUUCGAGGUUUUUCAAAAUGGUUAGAUCGCCAAAGACACCAUUUCUUAUGGCUUGUUUGUUAGAAACCAACUUUAGUCAGGUGCGCAGAGGUGCAUUCAAAGCAAUGCGAAAGGCAUACCCAAGUAAAUAUCGACCAUUUCCAGUACAAGAUUUGAUGAAAGUUCUUGGUUGCGACGAUGCUGAACAGGUUGCCAAAGAAGCUGAGAAUCUUAACUUGGAAGUAGAAAGAGAAAAUGGUUCAGCCAUUGCUGUUAAAGUGCACAAACAAUCUCAAAUUAAUGAUUCGAAUCCUGUGAUCUCUCACACGAAGUCGCAAUCGAUCGUUGCUCUAAAAAAAGGUAACCUCAGCGCUAGAGAUAUUAUAGAUACACCUCUAGCAAUUGGUAACAAGAGUAUAGAGGUGAAAUCUUCGCUUAGACCAACUGCCCCGGCGUUCACUAUGCCAAAGACAGCGAUAGCAACGGCACCAACGACGACGGAAGCUUCACCUACAAAGUUAAUGCCUCCACCUCCAAAACCAACAACCAGUGCAUUUUCCUUCACAGGAACUCAACAAACUGAGAAACCCAAAGCCAAUGCUUUUACUUUUGGUACGAUGGGAGCUGGAUCAGGGGCGAAUGCGUUCACAUCCUCAGCAUUUGAAACUACUCCUUCAGCUAAACCUAAAAGUGCUUUUAGUGCUUUACCAGCACCAAAACCUACACCAAUUAAUAUACCAUUUCAAACAACCAAACCAGCUGAAGAAGAUCUCAAAGAAAAACUUAAAGCCCAAAUGGAAGCUAAAAAGCAAACGGAAAUAGCGAAAGCUAAGGAAUUGGAACAGAUAGAAUUAUCAAGACAACGUAAAAGACGUGAAUCUGAGUUAAGAAGACUUGACGAACAUAAGCGAAGAGAAGAACGAGAAAGAAUAAAGAGGGAACACGAGUUAAUGAAGCAGAAUAUAUCACAAUCGCUAACUGAAUCUGCCAUUCAACAGGCCGUUUCUUCAAUUGUCAGAAGCUACGUAUUAGACGAAGUCGCUAAUGCGUUCAGAAAACAACACCUCACCAGAUCGUCAGUGAAAAAAUGGAAAGACUCCGCCUUGAAUUCGCAUGUUAAAAGGAAAAUUGAGCAAGAGCGUUUGGAUAAUUUCCGAACUGUAGUUUCAGAAAUGAGUUUCGGGAGGAGCGCCCACAAGGAGUUUACACUUCCUUAUGAAGAGGAAGAAGAAGAAGAGUUGUUUGAUCAUGAAGAUGAGGAGAUUAUUGACCAUAAGAAGCCUGUAACCGAUGCGGAAUUAGAGAGAUUGCUGCAAGAAAGGGUGCAACAGAGGAGUCUAUUAUGGGAGAAAGGUGCUGCCUUGAGUGCUCUCGCUGAUGCCUUGCAACAAAAAGAAGACCUAAAACAUCACACCGAAGUAGACAUCGGAUUAUACACAUAUGAUGACACAACAUCAUCGAGUGGAUGGUUGCGUACUAAAUUUGCACUAAAUGGAAUCAAUUACAAGGAUGUAGAUUCUCAAAUUUCAAUCUUCGCUAAUGCAGACCAGCCAUCACCUUCACUUGGACUUAUCUUGUUCGAAUGCUCACCAGACUUGGCGAGAAAUUUGUCUGAUGACGAAAGAUCGCGGGUUCUAAAUAAUGAAAGAGCUAGAUUGGAUGAUAUAAUUACCAAACUACCAAUUACAAGUACCUUCAACCCAUCAAUCUUGUUACUCAGCUGGGGUAAAAGUGAUCAAAUAAAACAGUCUCUAAAAUUGAAUAAAUGUCUUGAAAUAGAUCCGCAAUCUUUCGAAAAUCAGAUAAAAGAUUUUGUUUCCCAAUUAAAUAUUAACGUGAAGCAAUUCAAUAUGGUCAGCGAGAAACAAAUUUCACAAAUAUUUACGAGAGCUGCUAUAUCAAACUUAGUUCAAGCUUCGAAGUUAUAUAGGAGUGUUGAACGACAGUGGAGAUUAUAUGUCAGUUUGUUAAACAUCAGCAUAGCGAUAGUGAAUGAAGUUGUUGAUGUGUCCUGCGAAGCUAUUCAUAUGCUAUCUGUAUCUUCAAUGUUGGGAACUAGCAUGGCAGCUAUUAAACAACUACCCAUGUUAAAGGCCAGUGGAGUUGAUGAAUGGGACGCACAAACAGCCAUCCUCAAUUGGUUAGAUGAUGAAAGAUUCGACUUUGAAUCAGAUGUAUUACUACUACGGGCGGAAAUUGCAGGUGCAGAUCCAGCUGAAAUACCAGAUGUCGUCUACAUAAUGACGAGAAUUUUGGAUAUUAUUUUCAAUGGUUCAGCCCACAAUAUUACAAUACCACAAACUGUUGAUAUUGAAGAAGAUAGUUUGAUAAACAAAACAAACUUCAUUCAACGCACUAGAAGGCAUACUUUGGAAUAUGAAAGACUGAUCGAUAGUGUUAAACAAGGUCAAAGAAAGAGAGAUGAGGAGUUCAGAAGGUCACAAUCUCCACCACCUUCACCAGCUAAGCGACAAGUAGUGAAUAGUUCAUCGCUUAGAGAUCUCAUUGGAAGUGUCCGUAAAAGUUUGUUUGCAUAGAUCGUUUUGUUUGCAUGUACGCGUAAUGGCUUUCGAUGUUAAAAUCCUACUUCUCUAUAGAAAACAAUUUGUUUACACCAAGUAUGUUGAAUAUAAUGAAAAUGC